AUGUCCGCAGCCAUGGCGCCAGGAGUCGCCGAAAAUUAUGAAAUAAAUGCCGAUAUGGGUGAGGGAUUCGGUCAAUGGAAAAUGGGCCCUGACGAGGAGCUCAUGCCGCUGAUUGACGCUGCCAACAUUGCCUGCGGCUUUCACGCCGGCGACCCCUCCAUCAUGCUCAAGACCAUCCGUCUCUGCAAGCUCCAUGGCGUCAAAGCCGGCGCCCACCCGGGCCUACCCGACCUCGUCGGUUUCGGCCGCCGCCGUAUGGAGGUCUCCCCGGCCGACGUGCACGCCCUGGUCCUCUACCAGGUCGGCGCUCUCCAGGCCAUGCUUGCCUCUGAAGGCGUUGCCCUCGCCCACGUCAAGCCACAUGGAGAGCUGUUUUUCUACAUGCAGCGCGACGCCGCGAUAAUGCGCGCGGUGCUCGAGGCGUGUAGGACGUUUGGAGUGCCGGUGUAUGGAUGCGAGAACGAAGAGCAGAGGAGCAUGUGCGAGGAGCUGGGACUGCAGUUUCAGGGAGAGGUGUAUGUGGAUAUUGAUUACUCAAAGGAGGGGAAAUUGGUGCCUAGGGCGCAGUCGAGGGCGGUGACGCCGGAGAUGUGUGGUGAGAGAGCGGUGGAGGCGGCAAGGACGGGCACUUGGAAUAACGGGGAGGUGGAUUUGGGGGUGAAGGGGAGGAUCUUUAGUAUUUGUAUACAUUCGGAUGUACCAGGGGUUUUGGAUAAUGCAAAGGCGGUGCGUAGGGCGGUGGAUGAGGUGAAUCAGGCGAGGUUGGGGUAG